UCGCAACUCGCAGCGCCGCGAAGGGCAGCCGCAAAGGAGCACGAAGAGCCAUGGCCGACGCGGAAGCGGCACCGGAGGAGGCCGACCCCAGCCGGCCCGCGACGGCCCAGGGCAGCCAGGAAGGCAGCCGGCCCGCGACGGCCCAGGAAUCAGCCCAGGGCUCAGCCCAGGGCAGCCGGCCCGAGACCGCCGAGGCCGCGCCGGACCUAGACCAGGAGCCGGAGCCCCAGCGCACAAGGUUCGCGUUAACGGGCUUCGAGGGUGAAAAUCCAGAGAGUUUAGUGUCGAUCGACGACCUCAUCAGCUUCGUCUUCCCGGCGGACCUCUACCACCCGCUGUCCACUGGAAGAUUGUACGCAUUUGGGUUCUAUGGACCGUUAGACCGACAGCAGCAGUUACGAAGUGGCCCGAAGGGCCAGCAUGUUUUGGGGAGGUGGGAAUUAGACGCGAUGUGCCACCAGUUUGAAAGGGAGGACUGCCUGCAGGUUUACGUCUCAGAAGGGAGGGCCCUAUGCACGUUGAGUGAGGAGCAGCAGAACGAAUUGAUAAGUCAAGCUGACGCGCGUAUGAAGUCGAAGCGGGGCAAGGGCCUCAUGCCGCAGUUGUCAAAAGAUGAGGUCAGGGACAUCUUUGAAGGGGUGGAGACGUCGCCGGACGGGACCAUGCGCUUCCACGAGAUGCAGCAGCGCGUGUUGGCCUUUCGCGAGGACCGCAUUAAAAAGAUGCGCGUCAUGUAUCCCUUAGUUGCGAGGAAGCCUCUUAGAGUGGGCUUCGGCGGUUCUCAAACAGCUUCGCGCAAGUCGCUGACCUCGACAAAACGCUCUAGAAGGACGACGGCCAAGGUCUCGCCGGCCGUGGCGCCACCCACGAUGUUCCAGAAGGACAAAGGUUUAAGGAAUAGCGACGUCGCGACGCGCAUCAACCGCAUGCUCUGCACGCGCGCGUACAAGAUCUGCGACAUCGGCGACAACACGCCGGAACUCACACAGAACGUCGCGCUCAUUAGGGAAGAUGACAAAGAUAGGGAGCUCGGCGAGGGGCCCUGGUCGUGUCUGAGCAAGCGGCCGUCCCAAGAAAAAUACAAGCGCGAGAUGCUCUGCGUGUUGAGAGAUCGGGCGCGCGCGCAGAUCCCGCAGCGGCCGUGGGAGCCGACGCGGGGGAGCUAAGUUGCUACGAUGUCGAUUCCAGUGCGCCGCGGCGACGGCGUGGCGGGUGGAGUAGGACUCGUCGGAGGAGCCUCGCCUCGGGGGGACCGCGCG